UUUUAUUACCAAAACAUUUAUCUCAACCAAAUUUAUCUUGUCUGUAGAUAUUAUUUGCGAAGGAAGAGUAAAAGAGUAGAGGCAGUUACUAGACACCAUCUGAACAGGUCCAUCCAAGUUCGCUACAAACGAAGUUAAGUAAAUAUCUAUUUAACAGGUCAUGAAAACAGAUCAUUUAAUGUAUUUCUUCUAUUUUUCACACUGUUGGCUAAUAAAACGGGUGAUUUAACACUUGAGGGAAGUUCGUAAAAGAUGUUGUCCCCAAAAUGAGGGGGAAUCCUAUGAUGCAAAGUGUGGACGAUAGACCGUACACCUAUAUCAAUAGCUCACUGUGAACCUUCUGUCAAUUUGUGCUUUUUAAAAAGUAAAAACAGAAUCAAUGAAUAGGUAACCCUUACACUACGUCAGCUAUUAACUUAGUUGCAAACGGAAAUAUUUGUAUAGAAAUCAUUAUAAAAAGAAAUCGUUUAAUAAUUGUAUUCAAAAAGAACAUGAAAAGAAACAUAGAGCAUUAAACAAAUCACGAACAAGUUGAAGGAACUUUUUUUGAUUUACAAGCUACCGUUUAGGAAAUCAAACCCAAUUUUAAUUAGAUAGCCAACUGCUCUAUUACCUUUCAUUCGACUUGAACUAUACGACCACUAUGUGCCGAGGGGAUAAGUUAAUGGUUUACUAUAACAAAUUAAUGUAUGAUUUGAAAGGAAAGAUGAAACAAAAUUGUUAUGGCAAAUCAAAAUGACUAUUUAAAUCCGUGAAAAAGGCCCUUUGAAAGCAUAGAAUGCAACCAAGCAAAAUAAUAGAAGAUUUGGUUUGAUUUUAUCUGUUCAUGAGUGGUAGUGGAAAGUGCAACAUCUCUCAUGCUUCCAGCACCGAUUUAAGCGAAAUUAUGUAACAUGGUUAAUUUGAAUAGGUUCCAAGAUCUGAAAAGACCAGAAAAUAUAACAACAAUUAAAGAUUUCUGUUGUGAUAGUUAAUAAAAUCUGUAAAAAACAUGCUUUGGAAGCAUAUAAUGCAAUGACGCAAAGUAAAAGAAGAUUCGGAUUCACUGUUUUUGUUAAUGAUUAAAGUCAGUCAAAAUAUGACAUGCAUGUUAUCAAGAAGAGACAUAUUCAAUAGCUAACGUGUUAGUAGUGUCUUUAUCUUUUCAAGCUGGUAUAGUAAAUAGAAAAACAUAAUAAUAUUAAAGGCUGAAAGAGAGUGAUGGUUGCAAAUAAAUCAUAUUUCAUCAGUCACGCGAUAUACUUUUAUAAAUACAUAUACGCAUUGGUGUGGAUUACCGCUGUAAGAUAAUUAUAACAGAAUACCAUUUUAUAAAUUCAGUUCAUAUUAAAUCUACGACACAGAUGAUUAGUUUACCUGCCGUGUAUAUAAAUAGGCUUAGUAUUUGUGAUUAGUUAAAAAGACCCGACUGGGGAUUUUUAUUUUUACAACCAAGAGGUCAUACGAUCACCAGAAAGAGUAACAAUAGCAGUACUUAACGAGGUAUUUCCUCAAAACAUAUACUUCGUAAAUAGUUCUGCGCAGGUACAAAGAUAUAAGGAAAACCCAUGAUAUUCGAACGUAUAUAAACAAUGUCUUAUUUAAUUGUAAUAAACAAUUGUAGCUUGGACUGAGAGUGAGAUAAUAACAGUUUUGUAAGAAACAAAAUGGAACACAAAAGAUCAGACUGGGAUACGUGUGAAAAGCUCGCUUUGUUAAUGUUUACGGUGUCUACAUUACUUAUCAUCAUUAUUAUUGCUGUGGAAACAUCCUCACGGGCAGGAAGUAGUAACGACCUUUUGAGCGAGAAACUCUUUCCGAGUGUAUUAUAUGAUCAGAAUAUAACAAUGGAAAGUGAAAUAAUAACAGACAACACUAAUACCUCUACUGCUAAAAAGAACGGAAAACCAAGUGAAGUCUCGAAGAGAACAUCUCUUGAGCAACGAACAAAGACAGUUAAAAUGGGGAAGGAGGAAACUUUGCUUAUUCUCCGGCCAUACCUGGCACACACAACAGAAUGGAGAGAUAUUCUGAAACAUGUUAAACAAAAUAUCGACCAGCUUCCUCAAGCAACAAAGAAACUGUACCGGACUGCCAGUGCGAAGCAGCUGCGAGACAGGAUGACGACACAAUUUGAGAAACUGAUAAAUCAGCAAGCUGAAAAGAUUGAAGACAAGGACAUACGUUCAGCAGUUCAAGAUAUUCAAAUGAUGGAAAGGAUUCUGGGUAAGAGUAAGCCGUCUCAACCAAAGAAGACAUAAGUGAUGAUUUUGUGGCUGAUACUCAAGGCAAUAUUUAUUGAAAGAGCUCAUAACCAGAACGUUUAUCAACACCAAAUGAAGAAAACAUCGAUUAUUGAUAUAAUCCGCAAGAAUCUAUCGUGAAAAACUUGAACAGUGUGUCGUCAGCUGGGAUGAGUCUUCAAGUCCUCUAGCUCAAGAAUAGAGAACUUUUAUGAUAGAAAUCUUCAUAUCACCAAGAAGUUAUUAUGUUAUAGUACGUUAUUUCAACAGGGUUACCGUUAUCAUAAGCUACGAAAAGAUUUCAGUAAAUUUUACUACAGAUCGUCCGAACUGUUAGAAAAAUACAAUAUUUACUUAAAAACACUUGUAAAACUUGGACUUACAAACCCGAAAUACAAUGGAGAUGUAGUUUAUAAAAUUCGGAAACUUAAUGAUAGUCCUUAUUUUAAUGAGAUAUUUGUAAAAUGUGUUAACAAAUUUUAUCAAAAGAGGAUACGAUGCAAAAAAAGAAGUGCAUUUUAAUGAUUGACGCUUUUACAUAUAAUCGCUACGCUUCUUAUUUAGUGGUGCGAUGACUAAUAAAGUGUAAGAUUCCAUGAUGCUUUUCUCCUAAAUCCUACAUACUAUGGACGGAGGGAGUUGAAUAUUGCCUUGCAGCUUUCUUUAUCGUGUCUUUAAAAAGUUAGGCUCUUUCUGACUUCAGACAAGUUGUUGAGUGCAUUGGUGUAAUUAUACUUAAGAUUACAUUAAUUGUAUGUCUUA